AUGGCGGCAGAGACGACAGAAACGCCUCGGCGGCGGCUUCUCAACAGCUCCGCAAAUGUCGGCGCCGAUGGCGGCGUCGGUAGCGCGGCCUGGGGCGCCGCUGACCCUAUCCCCGCGCGCCGCGCCGCGAGUUCCCGGUGUAAAAAGGACCGCGAAUCGCGGCGGAAGCGCGGGUCGUGGACGGCGGAGGAAGACGCGGAGCUGCGCGCUUACGUGGCAAAGUACGGCGUGGGGAAUUGGAAGCACGUGGCGGAGGCGACGCCUGCGUUGAAACGCGACGCGCAGAGCUGCCGUCUGCGGUGGUCCAGCUACCUUGACCCUAAGAGAUGCCGGUCCAGUCCUAAGGUACGCGUCGCGGCGCUUCGGCUGAGAGCGUCCGGAAAAUUGGGUAAGGGUGAGGGGAAAAGGGGGAUCGGCGCUACCCCACCCUCCCCUUUUUUCUUCCCCCGCCCCUCUCCCUCUCUCCCCCCCUCCCUCCCCCCCCCCCCCCCCCCCCCCCCCCGCUCUCCUCUUUCCCCCCUUCUCUUCCGCCCCUCCCCCCCCAAUGCAGGUCAACCCAUUUCACGCCAGAAGAAGACGCACUUUUGCUCGCGAGCGUUGCACGGCGAAACCAAGUGGGCCGCCUUUGAGUCGGCUCGGCAAUCGCUCGUUCCCCCCCUCUCUUUCCCCCCCUCACCCCCUUUCCUUCCCCCAAUGCAGGUCAGCCGCGCGCCAUUCACGCCAGAAGAAGACGCAAUACUGCUCGCGAGCGUGGCAUGGGGCUCCCACUGCGAAACCAAGUCAGCCGUGCGCCCUUCACACCAGAAGAAGACGCAAAACUGCUCGCGAGCGUUGCAUGGGGCUCCCACGGCGAAACCAAGUAUUACUGGCUCAGGUGCUGUUUCUGGUGCUGUCUCAGGUACUGCCUCAGGUGCAGCCUCAGGUGCUGCUGCUCCAUUUGCCGCUGCAGCUUCUACCGAUCCUUCAGCCGUUGCUGCGUUCAUCCUGACCCUCCAAUCCGCAAUCAACGGCCUUUCUCAAUCCCCAUCUUCAGCCAACCAAUCAGACACAUCCACCCGUAAAUGUGCUUCCAUUUCUGGUGCUGCAGCCCCUGCGGGUGCUUCCCUUGCUUCUGCUACAGCCCCUGCUGCUGCUGCUCCCUCAGCUGUUGCUGCGUUCAUCCUGACCCUCCAAUCUGCAAUCAACGGCCUUCCUCAACCUUCCACUAGCGCCGCCACCCGUCACCUUUCCACCCUCCGUUCAGACCCCUCACCCCCUGCACGUGCUCCCCUUCUUGCUACUACUACAACCCCUACUGCUGCUACAGCCCCUGCUGCUACUCCCUCAGCUGCGUUCAUCCUGACCCUCCAAUCCGUAAUCAACGGCCUUCCUCAACCAUCCUCUAGCGUCGCCACCCGUCACCUUUCCACCCUCCGUUCAGACCCCUCACCCCCUGCACGUGCUUCCCCUGCUGCCGCUGCUGCUACUGCUACAGAUCCCGCUGCUGCUGCUGCUGCUGCUGCUGCUGCUGCUACAGCCCCUGCUGCUGCUGCUACUGCUGCUGCUGCAACUGCUACUCCCUCGACUGUCGCUGCGUUCAUCCAGACCCUUCAAUCCGCAAUCAACGCCCCCCCUCAAACCCCGUACUCAGGCAUCUGCUCAGAACCUUCCGCCUCUGCACGUGAUGCUGCUGCUACUCCCUCAACUGUCGUUGCGUUCAUCCAGGCCCUUCAAUCUGCAAUCAACGGCCGUGAUCAUCCCUCCAAUUCAACAACCACCCUUCAAUAUCCCACCACCCAUGUGAAUGCACCCUUCCGCCUUUCCACGACCCUUCAGAAAGCCACCCAACCGGAUUCAACCGUUUUUAGACGUGCCUCGGCGCAACUGCUGGGCUCCAGCCUGGGUUUCAGCACCGAUUUCAAACGACCCAACACCGCUCUGCUGCCACCCACCACCGCUCGGUUACCACUCACCACCGCUCUGCCUCGACCGAACACUGCGCCAGCAUCAGCAGCAUCAGCAUUAGAGCUUCCUCUCUUCCCAGUUUCUUCCAGCAGGAAAAGUGACUUCAAAUCACAGGCUUCUGACCUUAGUCUAGCCCUUUCCCUCCAGCCCCCUACACAUGCUUCCAACGCACAUGCCUCUGCUGCUGCUGCUGCUGCUGCUGCUGCUGCUGCUGCUGCUGCUGCUGCUGCUGCGAUUCCUGCUGCUGCUGCUGCUGUUCCUGCUGCUGCAGCAGCUUCUGAUGCUGACGCCACUACCACUACCCCUGCUGCUGCGGCUGCUGCUGCUGGCGCCACUGCUGCUGCUGAAAAGCCAGGGGCAUCAGUGAGUUAUGAGCCGAACAGAAAUAAUUUUGAGACGUCUCAAAAGGCAUCAGUGAGUUAUGAGCCAAACAAAAAUACGCUGGGAGGGGUGAAUGCUAUGCCAUCAACAGUUAAAGGGGCAGACAUGCUGCUACGAUCCAAGAGCGGCAAUGGGUGGAUAAUGAAGCGUGCUUAUAGCGAGGCUUUUGAGCCUGAGGCUGCGGAAGCCGACGCAUCUGAUCCCAACGCUGCUGACGUGGCACACGAAUUGCUGAGAAGCAAGGCACGGCAAGAUAGAAUGCAGAUGCAGGAAGAGGUGGGGUCGCUGCUGGAAAAGCGAAGGAGGCAGCAGCAAGCACAAGAGGUGCAGUGGGAGAACGAAAAAAAGCUGCUGCUCUGUGUGAAGCAGGAGGGGAGGGAGGAGGGGAGGGAGGAGGGGAAGGAGGGGAGAGAGGAGGGGAGGGAGGAGGGGAAGGAGGGGAGAGAGGAGGGGAGGGAGGAAGGGAGAGAGAUCUUCUCUUCUGGAUCGCGGACAGCGUUGAGACUGGCGGAAACGGCGGCAGGGGCGGGGUCAGCGGAACCGACCGCGGAAGGGGUGAGGAUGGCGGAAGCGGCGGAGACGGGAAUGGCGGAAGCGACGGUGACGGGAGUGGCAGCAGCUCCUUCCGCGGGGGUCACCACGAUUGGUCCAGCAGAGGCAUCGUCAGCCGUCGAUUUCUUGAUGUUGAUCCAGCCGCUAAAGACACUGAAAAGGACAGGGUGGGUGAAGCGGGGAGUGCAGGGGCCAGAGUCGAUCGGCGACCACAUGCAUCGUAUGGCUUUAAUGGCGUUCGUGCUGAGUGGUGUUGAAGGGAUUGACAGAGAGAGAUGCAUCAAGAUGGCAAUUGUGCAUGACGUAGCAGAAGCAAUAGCGGGUGACAUCACGCCGUCGUGUGGAGUGGGCAAGGAGGAGAAGCACCAAAUGGAGAGGGAGGCGCUGGGGCAGAUGUGUGCCGCCCUAGGACCAAACCACAAGGCAGCAGCUGAGAUGCUCGCUCUGUGGGAGGAGUAUGAAGCGAAUGAGACAAACGAGGCUCGACUAGUAAAGGACUUUGAUAAGCUGGAGAUGAUUUUGCAAGCACAUGAGUACGAGCAAGGUGUCCCUGUCCCAAUGUCUAUUGGUCGCGGGGGGACGUCCUCUCCCUCUCUUUCUACCCUUUCCGCUGCCGCGUCUCCCACUGCUGCGCCUGCCAGUGUCCUUCGCACCCCCUCCCUCCACCCAUGGGGAUGGCAGGGCCUAAGGGUCCCAGGAAGGAUAGAGCUAGGGAGAGGGAUGGGGUUACAUCCGGGCACAGGAUUGGCAGGAGGAUUUCAGGGCACAGGUGCAGCAGGAGCAGGAGCGGGUGUUGGAAGGGGUAGAGGGUUUAGAAGAGCUGGUUCCUUGGGUGUAGUUUCGGCGGUUUCUGGGGCAGGUACAUCUGGGGGAGGGGGGGACUCGUCUGGGUCCACGUCACAGUGGAAGGCAGGAGGGACGGCCGGUAGCAGCAAAUCGAAAGCUGCCAGCUCAGCAUCAGGCGCUCCAGGGAAAGCAGCAGGGGGAGCGAAGAAGGCGAAAGCGGCGAAGAAACGGUCACAGGGCACGUCAGCACCUGCUGACGUGGAUAAAGAUUGGGAUCCAAUCACUGAGUUACUAGAGCGAGUGCCGAACCGGGUGGAGCCGCAGGUUCGGGUAAACGGGCAGCUGAUGUCUCUCCAGGAGGCGGAGGCUCGGGCCGUACCUGCGCCGAUCCGAGCCUUAAACGCUCUAGAGCAAGGAGUUGAAAGCGCUCGUGAGGCGGCCUUGGGAAAGCUGGCGGAGGUUCUAGGAGGGGUGGAUAAGGAGGUGAUUAUAGAGGAAGGGAGUGAAGACGAGGGGUUGGCAGCAGAGGGAAGGGAAGGAAAGGAAGGGAAACAGUCUCAACAGGGACUUUCCUCAGGCUCAGGUGCUGUCUCGUCCGCUGAUGCUACUCAGCCAGCGAAUCCCGUAUACCUGAAAGAUCUCCUGCGCGAGUUUAAGGGGGAGCUGGUGGUUCCGGAAGAGGCGUUCGCCCCGCGCGUGGUGGAAACCACCGCGUUUGAGCGCGCGCUGGCGGACGCUCCGCCCAUGAGCGCGGCGGAGUUUCUGGGUUUUGCGGAGAAGAGGCAGGUGAAGCUGGUGACGUCGCGCGGGUUGAAGAGGCGCGAUGGGAGGUUCGAGUACUGGGACGUGCUGGUGCAGCUGAAGGAGGUCCCGGGGGAGUCGGCCUUGCAGACCAAUACCUGGAGGCUCAAGGUGGACUCACAAUCCGUGCCGGCAGUUCUGGCUGCCUAUAAGGGUCCACAGAAGGAGGUGGAGACUGUGUACUCGACGUUUGUCGAGGUGCCAUCAGCUAAGCCCCUCCCAGCGGCGUCCACAAUCUCUGGGCGAAUCUUCCUGGAAUGUUCCAUCCUAGCAGCCAUCCUCCAAUCCUUCCUCUCCGCCCUCAUCGCUUCGUCCACCGCCGCCCUUCUCCUAGCCUCCUCCGCCGUACUCUUUAUAGUCCGAUCCGUUUUGUGGCCCCUGGCGAAGCCCCUUCUGACGCCUGUAGUCUGGGUUGUAGCGGCUGUAGCGAAGCAGAUAGCUGCAGUGCUUGCUGCCACGUGGGCCAGUCUGUUCGCUCCGGGCGGCAACAGCUUGUUUGGAUUCUUGCAGUUACAGCUGGCGGCGAUGUUUGGGAGCGGGGGGAUAGCGAGUGGGGUGACUGGCUCUGCUGCCACUGCGUCAGGAGAUGCCAUUACUGACGUGGCGGUUGACCUGGCGCGGGAUAUUUUUAUCGGGAAGCUGAAGAGUUCGGCGAAAGCGGUGGGGAUGAUGGUGUUUGUGGUGCUGUUUAUGGCCGCUGGGGCGAAGUUCACUCUCAACAGACGCACUAGGGAUUACACCAAGUGGGAUAUUUGGCAAGCCAUUGAAUUCGGCCAGUCCAAGCCGCAAGCUCGAGUGGAGGGCUCCACAGGAGUGAAGUUUGAGGAUGUGGCAGGCAUUGACGAGACCGUGCAGGAGUUACAGGAGCUCGUGGAAUAUCUCAAAGACCCGCAGCGAUUCAACCUCAUGGGAACCAAGCCGCCCCACGGCGUGCUGCUGGAAGGGCCUCCCGGCUGUGGCAAGACGCUUUUGGCUAAGGCCAUAGCAGGCGAGGCGGGGGUGCCAUUCUACCAGAUGGCGGGCUCUGAGUUUGCUGAGGUGCUGGUGGGAGUGGGGGCAGCUCGUGUGCGCGAUCUCUUCAAGCGAGCCAAGGUCAACAAGCCCGCGGUGGUCUUCAUUGAUGAAAUCGACGCCCUCGGUGCCGCCCGCUCCUCUGCAGGAGGGGAUGAAGGCGCAGAUGCGGGGGUCACGGAGAGAGAGACGACUCUCAACCAGCUGCUUAUCGAGCUGGACGGUUUUGACACCGGCCAGGGGGUGGUGUUUAUCGGCGCCACCAACCGCAUGGACAUGCUGGAUGCUGCCCUGCUCAGGCCAGGGCGAUUUGACAGAAAGAUCACCAUCGUGCCUCCGGGGUCCAAGGGCAGGGCGGAGGUGCUGCGGGUGCAUGCCAAGAAGGUCAAGAUGAGUCCCCAUGUGGACCUCGACACCAUCGCAAGCAACCUCGCAGGGUGGAGCGGGGCCCAGCUGGCGAAUCUGCUGCAGGAGGCGGCGCUGGUGGCGGUGAGGAGGGGGGCGGGGGAGAUAGAGGACGAGGAUCUCAACACGGCAGCGGACCGCCUCACCCUCGGCACUCCCCGGGAGCGAUGGGGGGCGGAGCAGGGGAAGCACCCGCUGCUGGUGCGGAGAAUGGCGGUGCACGAAGCGGGGCUGGCGUUGACGGCGCUGCUGCUGAUUGAGUAUGACGAUGCUCAGGUGGAGCCGCCGCAACGCCUCUCAAUCGUGCCCCGAGGCGAGACACCCUCGUGGACCGUAUUCAACCGCAUUGACGAUGAAGCGUACCUCUUUGAGAAGAGACGAACGCUGCUACACAGAUUGCAGGUGAUGCUGGGCGGCCGGGCGGCAGAGGAGGUGGUGUGGGGGCGGGACAGCAGCACGUACAGUCAGCGCCACAUGGCGGACGCUUCCUGGAUGGCGUACAAGUUUGUCUCCAUAUGGCACAUGGCAGGGAAGGUGCUCCCCCGGGGCAUCCCCCCUGCCUGGAAGCGUCGCAGCACUGCCAGCGGCCCCUCGCUGGGCUUCGAGGGGAGUCUCUACGCCGACUAUGGGUUCACAGGGGGGAAGAUCAGCGACCAUGCUGAUGACGUGGCGGCUGACAUGGCGCAUGCCCUGCUGGACGAAGCAUAUGCUGCCACGUGGCAGCUGCUGGCGGAUCACAAGGCGGCCCUGGUCAAGGCAGUCAAUGUGCUAAUGGCGAAGGGAGAAAUCCAAGGAUCGGAUCUGGAUAUUAUCCUGGACGCCUACCCUGCAGGAACACCUGUUCAGGUGGUUGAAACAGAGGCGGCACCUGGGAAACUACCUGAAGCCUUUGCAGGGCAUUCGGGGGACACAGAGAGCGAGGGAGAGGAGGAGGAUGGAAGGAGGAGGAGGAGGAGGGAGGAGGGGGUGGAGGUGAGGAAAUUGGAAGGGCAGUUUAGGAGUGAGUUGGGAGGGAUAUUAGAAGAAAAGGGGAAGGAGAAGGUAGGGGAGGAAGGGGAGGGAGUGAGGGGUGCUGAGGUUUCUGGGGAGGAGGAUGGGGUGGGGAAGGAUAAGGAGGAGGAAAGAAAGGUGGAGGGACUAAGUUCUGAGGCUUCAGAGGGGGAGAGAGAGGAUGGGGAUGAUGAGGAGUGGGGGGAAGAAGAAUCAGAUGAAGACGAGGAUGAGAGGUUGAUUCUGGAAGCUAUGGAUAGGAAGGCAGGAGCGGUUGGAGGGAGUGGAGAGGAAGGGAGUGGGUUGGAGAAGAGUGGUGAGGGGCGAGAUGGGGAAGAAGUGAAGGCAGCUGAGUCUCAAACAGUUGAGAGGAGUGCAAAGGUUGCUGGUCUAGGAGCAGUCUCAGGAGAGGGUUUAGGAGGAGGGGACACUUCAGAAGUUAAGGCCAUUGCAAAGAAGACACACGCUGAGGGGGUUGUGAGUGAGGAAGAAGCAGGACGAGCUUCUCCCCCUGUUGUUGCCGCUACAACCCCUGUUGCUGCCGCUACUCCAUCUGUCGCUGCCGCCACAGCCCCAGUCGCAAGUAAUGUGGUUUCUAUUGCUGAGGAGGUAGGUCUGCAGGCACCGUCAGGGACGGUGGCAGGAGCAGGGAAAGCAGCAGGGGAUGUACUGGUAUCAAAAGCAAAGAGGCGGAAAGGCGAUGAAAAGCUUGGAGCAGGUGCUGGUGGUGCGGGUGAGAAAGGGGAUGGUCUUAGUUUGGUGAGGCCUAAUGGGAAGCAGACAGGGGAGUAG